GGGAUCCGUGGAGGAACUUGGGUGGUGAGCUCCUUCCUUCCCCUUUACCAGGAGGCAGGCCAGCACCCUGCUGAGCCGAGCUGAGCCAAGCCGAGCCGAGCCAACCAGCCAAGCCAAGCUGAGCCAUCGGGGAGUGGGACGUGGGAAUCACCAUGGCUCUGCCAACACAGGUGCUGCCUCUCGCCUGCCUGAUGCUGCUGCUGCUCUGGAGAGCCCUGGGUGCGGGUGCCCAGGCGGGUCAGAGCUUCCAGCUGCAGCAGCCCCAGGCCAACGUGUCGGUGAACAAGGGGGAGAUGUUCACCCUGACCUGCACCACGUCCGGAGAUGGUCCCCUUGGCCCUGUGAAGUGGCUGAAGGGCUGGGGCAGCGAGAACGAGACCAUUUACGACCUGACGGGCUCUUUCCCUCGUGUGACGAGGGCAGUCAGUGGGUCUGAUGUGGACUUCACCAUCCACAUCAUGGAUGCUCGCCUCGAGGAUGCCGGCAGCUAUUACUGUGUGAAGUUCAGCAAAUCACUGGGUGGUGUUCAGGUGUUUCAGCACGGCAAGGGCACAGAGGUGUCCGUGCACGCCAAACCCAGCCCCCCGGUUGUGUCCGGGCCCCAGCACAGAGCGGGGCCGGGGCAGUCGGUGCCUUUCACCUGCACGGCCGGGGGCUUCUUCCCCAGAGACAUCAGCGUGAAAUGGUUCAAGGACAGGAGCCCAGUUUUGGCUCGGCAGCCCCAGAUCAUCACCCCUGAGCAACUGAAAUCCUCCUACAACAUGUCCAGCACCCUGACGGUGAUGCUGAAGGAGGACGACGUCCGCUCGCAGCUCAUCUGCGCGGUGCAGCACCCCACACUGACGGCCCCGCUGACGGGGACGUACCAGCUCAGCAAAGCCCUGCGAGUUUCCCCCAGUGUCCACGUGGAUGCUGACCUGCCGAGCCUCUCUGAGGUGAACAAGACCGCGAACUUCACCUGCCACGUGAAGGGGUUUUACCCGCGAGGGGUGACCAUCACCUGGCUGGAGAAUGGGACGGAGAUAAAGGUGGAGAACACCUCCCCGCCGGUGGAGACCCCACAGGGCUUGUUUGAGCUGAGCAGCCUGCUGCAGGUCCAAGCGACGGAGGAGAAGAACGGGUCCGUGUUCACCUGCCGAGUGGUGCACGACGCCCAGGACCCCAUCAGCAGGACGGCCACCCUGCGGAUCGCUGCCCAGUCACCACCAGGUGUGACCCUCCUGUGGAGCCCGGGCUUGUGGCUUGGCAUCCUGCUGGAGAAGGGGCUCCUUGGCGGCCUCCUCAUCUUCCUCUUCAGGUGCAUGAGGGUGUGACUGGGGACACGGCGGGGCUGCUGCCCUGUCCUGCUCUGUGUGGACACCUGCUUCCUCGGGUCGUGGUGCUGGGAACGGGUCCUGGGGCUCGGCCACCGUCAGUUUUGUCAUGUGUACCUGGAAAUAAAUGGGCCGGGAUUAAAUAAUAAAUUAAUUAA